CAUCGAGGGCUGGCCGGCCUGGGAGAGGCCUGGGUGCAGCCCCGGAAGAAAAGGGUUUGUUGAAGAAAUCCCACCCCGCGGAGAUGAACCCUUUAACUAAAGUCAAGCUGAUCCGCGAGCUGAACGACCGCGAGGCCCAGCUCGGCGUGGCCCCGGCGGUGUCCUGGCACUCCCAGUACAGAGACAGCGCCUGGAUCUUCCUGGGCGGGCUUCCGUACGAACUGACGGAAGGGGACGUCAUCUGUGUGUUCUCGCAGUAUGGGGAGGUCGUGAACAUCCAUCUGGUGCGGGACAAGACGACCGGGAGAUCCAGAGGAUUCUGUUUCCUCUGCUAUGAAGACCAGAGGAGCACCAUUCUGGCCGUGGACAACUUUAACGGGAUCAGGAUCAAAGGGAGAACCAUCCGAGUAGAUCACGUGUCUCAUUUUCGGGCCCCUAAGGACUCAGGAGAAGUGGACAUGUGACCAGAGAGGUCCAGGAUAAGGGCUGUGGGACGCAAACCCCUUCCCUGAAUUCACCUGGGGGCUCUAAAGGUGACAACCCCACCAACACACAGAGACACAGAAAAUAA